AUGGAAAGUGUCUGCACAGCGCAUGCACCAGGGGAGGGGACCGAUCCAUCCAGCCAGCCCACCUCCCAGAGCUCAGAGGCCGGAGAGGGAGGAGACAAGCACGGGCCACAGCGAGAGGACGUGACGCCGCUCAGAGGAGGCGAGGGAUGUGGUAUGCGGAGACUGUUUAUCCGUGCAAGAAAAUAUUCGCUGUCUUUACGGUUUCUUCAAAUGACCAAAGCGACGCUGUUGUCUCACUGA